AUCCUCUUCCAUCGUCUUCCAUUGUCUUCCUCAGCGACCCAUCGUCUUCCGUCCUUCCGGAGAACGUCGACACCGGCGAGUGUGGACAUAGCUGGAGAACAAGGUAGCCUUUUGAAAUUUGCAGCGGUACAAUUCUGUUCCAUACCAAUGGAAAUUACUCCAGUAUCACAAGUGCGUCCAGGAAGGCUAAAUUAUAGUUUACAUGUGCGAAUAUCAAGAAUGUGGGAGUUCAGAAGCACGAAUGAACAAAACGACAUCAAACAUCUUGAUCUUGUUCUCAUAGAUCAAAAGGGAAGUUCAAUCUAUGCAGAGAUUCCACCGGAGGUUAUUGCUGAUUUAAAACCACACCUACAAGAAAGAAAAAUUGUUUACAUGUCUAAAAUAACAAUUGAACCACCUAAGUUAGCUUAUAGGGUUGUUGACAAUCCCUACAUGGUCAAGCUCAACAAAAGGACGGUUGUGGUUGAAGAUAAAGAUGAAGUUCCAGGUUUCCCUAAAUAUACUUUCUCACUAAUUCCAUUGGAUAAGCUGGAGCAAUACAAGAACAAGACCGAUCGUUUUAUAGAUGUUAUUGCCAAGAUCAGAACAGUCACAAAUGCAACAAAGGUUACUACAGCUUCAGGAGAUCAGCAAAUGAGAAGAGUUAUACUCUUAGAAGAUCUUAAGGCCAAUACAAUUGAGUCGUCACUGUCAGGGAAAAGAGCUUUGGAAUUUGACGGAGACCAAGUUAUACAUGUGGGUCAACAUCAUCAUGUUAUUGCAAUAUUUGUAGGAACCUUAGUGAAGCUCUACAAAGGUCACUAUCCAUUUCUGAGUGGAACUUCAGCAUGUCGUUGGUACAUCAACGAAAAUGACAUUGCCGAAAUCAAGGUUUUUCAGAAAAGUUUGCCAAGUGAUCCUAUACGUGUCCAAAAGACGUAUCUCCAAAUUGAUGCCGAUGCAGCACAAAAAUUUGAAGACAGAACCCUACAAGAGCUCAAGCAUGUAGACCCUUUCCUUGACAUGUUCUCUUACACUUUGAUACAGGGACAAAGAUAUCAGUGCACAGCUACUAUUAUCGGAAUCAUAGAAAACCAAACAUGGUGUUAUAGAGCUUGCAAGAUCUGCAACUCAAGGAUGAUUCAGAAAGAAAAUAAUUAUGAAUGCGCAAAGGAAGGAUGUCCAUCUACACAAUUUGAAUGGAAGUACAAAAUACCAUUUAUUGCAAGUGAUCACACAUACAAGCUAGAAUUUAUGUUCUUUGAGAAAAAAGGAAUGGAGCUUAUAGGAAAAAGUGCAUCGACUCUUAUUAAGCAAUAUAAACCAAAGGAGAUACCACCAGAGAUAUCAGCUUGGAUAGGCUACAAAUUUACUUUCAUUGUAAGAGUGCUAUCAAAAAAAAGUGUUAACGCUGCUGAUCCAUCCUUUGAAGUGCUUAUGAUAAAAGAAAGAUUCGGAAAGGAGCCUAUUAUAUCAUUUACCAGCUCAAAUGAAGGUGUCCUACCAGAAUCCUCCUCCUCUUUUAUCACAGAAUUCAAGGAUUUACCAUUGCUGAUUCCAAUUACUUCUAAAGACACAAAAGAACGAGUACAAGACGCUGGAGAAACUCAAGAUAUGGAGAUUGAACCAUUUGGCAUUUGUGAAGAAGCUCAGAGCUCAAACAAAAGAAGCUUUGGAGAGCUAGACAAUCAUAACCAGGAAAUCAACAAUAAUAAUGAAGAUCCUUCAGAAGAUAACACAACCAAAAGGAUGCGCUCACAAGAAAAAAGCAAAAAUUGAAGUCUGAUAUAAUUCAAGGAAGUAGCUAUAGGAGGCCUUUUGACUAGUAGUUUAACCAUAUGGCAUGUCUUUUGUUGUUGCGCGCCAACAAUACCACUCUUUUGAUGUCUAUAUGUGAAGCGUCCCCCCAUUAGGGAAGACUAAAAGUGAUGCUUCAUCAGUCCCAGGAAGCUGAUAACACUUUUAUUACAUCAGAUGGUACAUCACCGUACAACUCUACGCGGUAAUGGGCAGUGAAGCGCCACUAUCGCGAGGAUUACAACUAAAACCCACACUACU